AAAAACAUUUCGGCACCAAUCUGAUCGGCUCAAUUACUUUCUCUUCCAGCCUUUGCUCUCAAACCACCGCUCAAACGCCUCAACAUCAGCAGCAGCAGCAACAACAGCAACAUCAGUCGCAACAGCAGCAACACCACUCCUCACAACUUCAUCCUCACUCCCUGCCUCACUCACAAUCGCCACUGGGCACAGCUACUGCGGUCACUUCCGCAACGUCUGGUCAAUGCAGCCCGCUAACGUUGCCGCCACAGUCGCAGCCACUGCAGCCAACAAUCACUUCACUGGCAUCACUUAGCAGUCAUUAUAAUACGCCGCCCAACUUGAAUUCCAGCUGCAGCCUUUCGUCGGGGUUAAGCGCCUACACUUCGCUUAGUGCCGCCGCAACUGCGCCAUUCAGCCAAUCGCCCGGCAGCAGUUUUUCCACAUAUCAGCAUCCCCAUGCGACAACCGACGGCACCUCGAGCGGCGUCGAUGGGCCAGCAGGCCUAAGUAAUGCGAGUGCUUCGAGCGCAGGCCGACAUUCUCAUGCGGAGCUAGGUGGUGGUAUUGGUGUGGGGGUGGGUGGCGCGGCCAGCACAGGUAUGCCUCAUUGGCUCCCAGCGGAGCCACAUUUGGCAUCGGUGAAGUCGGAGAAUCGCAGUCCUGGGCUGAAUAACAGCGGUGGUGGUGGCGUUGCAUCCAGUGUGAAUGCCAACAACAGUGGUAUUGAGAGCCAAUCAUCUAUGGGCGGAAACAGCGCUACACAGCGCUUGGAUGGUAGUGGUGCCAUCAGCGGCAAUGGAAGUACACCGGGCAACAGUUCAAUCUAUGGUUGCUCUUCGGUUGGCGUCGGAAGUCUGAGCGGCAUGGAGAGCAGCGUCGCAGGCAUUGGAGCAAACUCCUCUUCCAGCGCGGCCAUGGCGGCGGUGAAUUCAUCAGCUGCAGCAGCAGCCGCAGCGGCUGCUUACGACACCAGCAAACACGAUUACUACAACUAUUACAAUAGCAUGCAGCAGUACACGCCGCCAUUCUACUCCACCUAUGGCACGCCAUACACCACUGCAGCAGCGCGUGCUGCCACUAAAAUCGAGCCCAGUUCACCAUACCUAACGUCGUCGUAUGCGACAGCCACCGGCAAUAACAACUCCUCGCAACUGUAUCCAACCGCCUAUGGCUACAACAACUUUGCGCAAUUUGGUACAGCAGCCGCAGCAGCCGCGCAGCAGGACUACGGCAGCUACUACAACGAUCAGUAUGGCAAUUAUUACAACCCGGCCAGCUACUCGCCGUAUGCGGCUGUAAGUUCGCCCAGUUCGAGUGCGGCUAGCCACGGCUUCCAUGUGGGCGCCUCCAAUUUGUCGGAAAGUCCCACCGAUACGCACUCGACCACGCCUGUGCUGCACGCCACACACUCACCACACUCGCCGCUGCCGAUCUCACCGAAUGCCAAUGCCGCGGCGCUGAACUCUAAUUCCAACACGGCGGCGGCAACGGCACACACCAAAAGUACGCCUACCAGCAAAAGUGGGCGCUCACGCGGACGACGUCAUCAGCAGCCGAGUCCAACGCGCAGCACCACUUCGGACACACCAAACAGUGAUGCGGCUAAGCCGCCUGAACGCGUCUUUAUCUGGGAUCUGGAUGAGACGAUCAUCAUUUUCCAUACGCUACUCUCCGGUUCCUUCGCCAAUCGCUACACCAAAGACCAAAGCACGCUGCUGACGAUCGCAUUCCGCAUGGAAGAGAUGGUCUUCAACAUGGCCGAUACGCAUUUUUUCUUCAACGAAAUUGAGGAAUGCGAUCAGGUGCACAUCGAUGAUGUGUCCUCCGAUGAUAAUGGUCAGGAUUUGAGCAAUUACAACUUUGCGACGGACGGUUUCCAUUCGGGUGCGCCACCCGGCGCGCCGCCAAAUCUUUGCCUGCCAACUGGCGUACGUGGCGGUGUCGACUGGAUGCGCAAGCUGGCGUUCAGAUAUCGCAAAAUCAAGGAGAUCUACAACACCUACAGAGGGAACGUUGGUGGCUUGCUGGGUCCUGAAAAGCGUGACGCCUGGCUGCAAAUACGCUCGGACAUUGAAAUGGCUACCGACAACUGGGCUUCACUGGCUACGAAGUGUCUGAAUAUGAUCGCGCAGCGCGAGAAUUGUGUGAAUGUGCUCGUGACGCAGACGCAGUUGGCGCCCGCAUUGGCUAAAGUGCUGCUCUUCGGGCUCGGCGGUAUAUUCUCCAUCGAGAAUAUCUACAGCGCGCACAAGAUUGGCCAUGACACCUGCUUUGAACGCAUUAUGACACGAUUUGGUCGCAAAGGCACCUACGUAGUCAUAGGCGAUGGCACCGAGGAGGAGAAUGCAGCGAAGACGUACAACUUCCCCUUCUGGCGCAUUUCGUCGCAUAGUGAUAUACGCGCACUUUACACAGCGCUCGAUAUGGGUUUCUUAUGAAAGGCGCGCUG